AUGGCCCCGAAUGUCCCUGUAAUCUUCCCAGAGGGGAUCCUGCCCACCCAGGUCGCCUUCCUUCUCGCAGUCGGCUCUCCCUUCUUCCCCGCGCCCCGGGAGAGUCCACCUGUAUCUCAGGGGUCUCCCGCAGCAUCCCCGUGCCCCGGCGGCGCCAGCUGUCGCCGCCAGAGGGCGCCGUCGGGGGCGGCGCGGCGCCACCGCGGCCUCUCCUCGCGGCCGGAGCCUCGCCCCCUCCGCUCGUGCCGCCGGAAGUGGGAGGUGCCGCGCGCGGGCCGGCGCUCAACCCCUCCCCCCGUGGCUCGGCCGCCCCCUCCCCCCGCUCCGCCCGCUCAGAGCAUAAUGGCAGCGUCUGAGGUUGCUGGUGUUGUGGCCAAUGCCCCCAGUCCUCCGGAAUCUUCUAGUUUAUGUGCUUCCAAAUCAGACGAAGGUCUCCCAGAUGGUCUAAGCACCAAAGACUCUGCACAGAAGCAGAAGAACUCGCCUCUGUCGAGUGUAAGUAGCCAAACAAUAACCAAGGAGAAUAACAGAAAUGUCCAUUUGGAGCACUCAGAGCAGAAUCCUGGUUCAUCAGCAGGUGACACCUCAGCAGCGCACCAGGUGGUUUUAGGAGAAAACUUGAUAGCCACAGCCCUUUGUCUUUCUGGCAGUGGGUCUCAGUCUGAUUUGAAGGAUGUGGCCAGCACAGCAGGAGAGGAGGGGGACACAAGCCUUCGGGAGAGCCUCCAUCCAGUCACUCGGUCUCUUAAGGCAGGGUGCCAUACUAAGCAGCUUGCCUCCGGGAAUUGCUCUGAAGAGAAAUCCCCACAAGCCUCCAUCCUAAAGGAAGGUAACAGGGACACAAGCUUGGAUUUCCGACCUGUAGUGUCUCCAGCAAAUGGGGUUGAAGGAGUCCGAGUGGAUCAGGAUGAUGAUCAAGAUAGCUCUUCCCUGAAGCUUUCUCAGAACAUUGCUGUACAGACUGACUUUAAGACAGCUGAUUCAGAGGUAAACACAGAUCAAGAUAUUGAAAAGAAUUUGGAUAAAAUGAUGACAGAGAGAACCCUGUUGAAAGAGCGUUACCAGGAGGUCCUGGACAAACAGAGGCAAGUGGAGAAUCAGCUCCAAGUGCAAUUAAAGCAGCUUCAGCAAAGGAGAGAAGAGGAAAUGAAGAAUCACCAGGAGAUAUUAAAGGCUAUUCAGGAUGUGACAAUAAAGCGGGAAGAAACAAAGAAGAAGAUAGAGAAAGAGAAGAAGGAGUUUUUGCAGAAGGAGCAGGAUCUGAAAGCUGAAAUUGAGAAGCUUUGUGAGAAGGGCAGAAGAGAGGUGUGGGAAAUGGAACUGGAUAGACUCAAGAAUCAGGAUGGCGAAAUAAAUAGGAACAUUAUGGAAGAGACUGAACGGGCCUGGAAGGCAGAGAUCUUAUCACUAGAGAGCCGGAAAGAGUUACUGGUACUGAAACUAGAAGAAGCAGAAAAAGAGGCAGAAUUGCACCUUACUUACCUCAAGUCAACUCCCCCAACACUGGAGACAGUUCGUUCCAAACAGGAGUGGGAGACGAGACUGAAUGGAGUUCGGAUAAUGAAAAAGAAUGUUCGUGACCAAUUUAAUAGUCAUAUCCAGUUAGUGAGGAACGGAGCCAAGCUGAGCAGCCUUCCUCAAAUCCCUACUCCCACUUUACCUCCACCCCCAUCAGAGACAGACUUCAUGCUUCAGGUGUUUCAACCCAGUCCCUCUCUGGCUCCUCGGAUGCCCUUCUCCAUUGGGCAGGUCACAAUGCCCAUGGUUAUGCCCAGUGCAGAUCCCCGCUCCUUGUCUUUCCCAAUCCUGAACCCUGCCCUUUCCCAGCCCAGCCAGCCUUCCUCACCCCUUCCUGGCUCCCAUGGCAGAAAUAGCCCUGGCUUGGGUUCCCUUGUCAGCCCCCACGGUCCACACAUGCCCCCUGCCGCCUCCAUCCCGCCUCCCCCAGGCUUGGGCGGUGUUAAGGCUUCUGCUGAAACUCCCCGGCCCCAACCAGUAGACAAACUGGAGAAGAUCCUGGAGAAGCUGCUGACCCGGUUCCCACAGUGCAAUAAGGCCCAGAUGACCAACAUUCUUCAGCAGAUCAAGACAGCACGUACCACCAUGGCAGGCCUGACCAUGGAGGAACUUAUCCAGUUGGUUGCUGCACGACUGGCAGAACAUGAGCGGGUGGCAGCAAGUACUCAGCCACUUGGUCGCAUCCGGGCCUUGUUCCCUGCUCCACUGGCCCAAAUCAGUACCCCAAUGUUCUUGCCUUCUGCCCAAGUUUCAUAUCCUGGAAGGUCUUCACAUGCUCCAGCCACCUGUAAGCUGUGUCUAAUGUGCCAGAAACUCGUCCAGCCCAGUGAGCUGCAUCCAAUGGCGUGUACCCAUGUAUUGCACAAGGAGUGUAUCAAAUUCUGGGCCCAGACCAACACAAAUGACACUUGUCCCUUUUGUCCAACUCUUAAAUGACGGACCUGACUGGGGAGGAAGAAGAAGAGAAACUGAUGUGAACAGGAAGCGCGGGUUCAAGAUUUCUAAAACUCUAUAUUUAUACAGUGACAUAUACUCAUGCCAUGUACAUUUUUAUUAUAUAGGUAAUGUGUGUAUAGAAAGUCUGUAUUCCAAUGUUCGUAAAUGAAAGUAUGUAUAUUAUGCAGAAACAGUCUGUUCCCCCUCAUCUUGCAAUUCCUUUGGGGGAUGCAGAUUGUAGGGAAGAUGAUGUUUAGUUUGGCCUUGAAAUUAUGAUAUCCCUGCCCAGGGCUGUUUUCAAAUACAAUAUAAAAACCACCUAGGAACCUGC